GGGGAUCGGGGCAGGGUGUUAAUCACAGUGCUCUUCUGACGCUUUGAAAAACAAAAGUUGUUUUUGUAUGUGUCAUGAGAAAUCUUGUUGCUCCUGAACCUGAUGGGCAGUUGAAGUGAUUGACGAUGUCUCAGUUUACAAAUGAAGAUGAAGCUCUGUUACAGUCCAUGCUUAGACAAUUACUGCAAAGCGUGAAGGAAAAAAUCACUGGGGCUCCGUCAGUGGAAUGUGCAGAAGAGAUUCUCUUGCAUUUGGAGGAAACUGAUGAAAAUUUUCACAACUAUGAAUUUGUGAAAUACCUUAGGCAAUAUAUAAAUAAUACCCUGGGCUCUGUGAUUGAAGAAGAAUCAGAAAAAUGUACUUCUAUUCAAAAUCAGACUGAAGUUUCUGGCUAUGAUACUCUUGUCCAACACGUUACUAAGAAGACGCGUGAAUCAAAGCAAUACAGAGAAAUGAUGCAUGCCUUGAAGAAUGUCAUGAUGGUUGUGGUAGAGUCUUUAAUUAACAAGUUUGAAGAAGAUCGGAUGUGUAAUAAGGAGCUGGAUAGUAAAACCAAGAAAAAAUGUCAAAGUGAUUAUUAUACAGACAACUAUUCUGACAGUGACUCUUCUUUCAAUCAAAGUUAUACAUUCAUGAGUCAAGAACAAUUGCAGCUGCUUGUGGAAAAGCUUGACCCUAUUCAGCCUAAGGAAGUUCGCCAAGAAGCAUUGCAGAUGCUGUGCUUGGCCCCUCCAUCUGAUGUACUGAACUCUGAGUGUUGGCCGAAUCUGCGUAAGCACCUGAUGAUGUCUCUGUCUGAUCCUGAUGCGAUAUUCAGUGAGAAAGUUCUUAGGUUUUAUGCAAAAACUUUUUCUUCAUCUCCAUUUAAUAUGACGAGAGAAGUCUAUACAAGUUUAGCACAGCAUUUGGAGCUUUACUUCCUUUCUGGAGAAUAUUCUCUUCGUAUUUCAUCAGGUCUGGAUGUAUCUAACGCAGAUGUAAAUCAUAUACUUAAAAAGGUUCGUCUGCUAAAUGAAUACCAAAAGGAAGCUCCAUCUUCCUGGAUUCGUUAUCCAGAAAAGUACAUGGAGGAAGUAGUGGAGAGUACCUUGUCACUGUUGUCAGUAAAACAUGAUCCUAAUCAUCCUGCCUCUCCAGACUUCUUGAGUCCAAUCUGUUUCUUGGCUCUGUUGGAUAUCAAGGCUGUAUGGUUUAAAAAGUGGACGCAUGCACAUUACAGCAGAACAGUGAUACUUAGGCUCUUGGAAAAGAAAUAUAAAUCGUUGAUUAAUGCAGCCGUCCAGCAAUGUUUUGAUUAUUUUGAAUUUUGCAAGGCAGCGGUUGGUAAAACUUCCAGAGUCAAUGACUUCUCUCAGCAGCAUUCUUGUAAUGAGCAGAAGUUUUUUUAUACGGGAUCAGAUUUGCAGUACAUCUGUUUUGUUCAUUCACUAUGCCUUUUAGGCAGAUUGUUGAUUUAUAAGCAAGGCCGAAAUCUCUUUCCAGUACAGCUGAAAAACAAAAAAGAUUGUGUAUCCCUAACUGAUCUGUUGGUAUUAUUUACUCAACUUAUUUAUUACUCUCCAAGCUACUCAAAGGAGGCUUUGACAGCACAUACAGAUAGUUAUUCUCCAGCAAGUCUCGUUAUGGAGAUUCUGCAAGUUUUUUGUGAUCAAACAGGGUGUGCUGCUGACUGUUUAUACACAGAUGAAGUGAUGGAUGCCCUACUUGAUCCUCUUCAAAGUUUACUGAAUGGUACAGAGGUAUAUAUAAAUUGCCCAGAAACCACUUUAAUUGAUUUAGCUGAUAUUUUGGCAAGGAUUGCUGCUGCAGAAGAUGGUCUUUCUGUUCUUCUUUAUGGAGGAAAUAAAAACUGUGCAAAAGAAAAUAGUCCUACAGCUGUUCAUGUAAUUGUUCAGUUUACAAAGAAACUUCUUCAUGACGACAUUUCUCUUUUAUCUGGAUCCGAGCUUUUGCAAGUUGUUAAAGGAGCUUUCAUUUUUGUAUGUCGUCAGAUGUACAGAACAUGUGAAGGCCUGCAGAUGCUAAUUCCUUAUGGCUUGCAUGAAUCAAUUGGAGAAGCCUGGAAAAAGGCAAGUUUGCUUUCAGAAAGAGCUACUGGUGCAGACUCCACAUCAUCGAUAAGUCUAGACUCAAAAAAUAUUUUGUUGUGGGAAGAGACUUUGCUUGAUGCCUUGUUGAAUUUUUCAGCCACACCUAAAGGACUAUUUUUGCUUCAUAGUACUGGGGCCAUGAGUGACUGUGUGAGCUUUAUGUUCAACAGUUUAUCAAAAAAACACCAGCAGACAAAUGAACGUGAAGAAUUUGGUAAUGGAGUGAUUGUUGCACAAAUGGCGACGACACCAGCAGCUGCAGUAGCUCUACAGAGUUCAGGGUUUAUAAAGGCAUUUGUAGCUGAACUGUGGGCUCUUCUGGAGUGUGGAAAAGAUGAUGUGAGAAUAACUCAGCCCAAAUCUACUCCAGUUGACGCUAUUGACCAAAGCUGUCAGAAGUCUUUUCUAUAUCUGAUAAACUUGCUCACUUAUCCUGCAGUUUUUGAGCUAUUGAGUAAACAGGAUAUACCAAAUAAACCAAUGUAUUCACACCGUGAAGUACCUACAGACAUUAUUAAUAUCAUUGACAGAAUUAUAAUCUUGAACUCAGAAGCAAAAAUUCAUUCCUUAUUCAAUUAUGAACAAUCACAUGUCUUUGGUCUACGGUUGUUAAAUGUGCUAUGCUGUGAGCUUGAUACCCUUUUGCUCUUGGAGACUCAGUAUAAAGUGUCAGAAGUUUUACUGACUGCUCAGAAAGAAAAUGUCACAGAAGCUUCAGAAGGACCAGGAGAAUUUAUCAUUGAUAGUCUCUCAGUUGAGAGAAACCAUAUUCUUGUCAGAAUAAAUCUUAUUGGAGGACCACGGGAAAGAAUUUUGCCUUUGAGAGCACUAGAUAAGGGCAAUGAUCCAUAUCCUUGGCCAAUGUUUUCCUCAUUCCCUUUGCCAAAGUGCUAUCUCGCUGAAGCUCCUAGGAAAGAUGAUUUCGGACAAGAUAAAGACCUUGACAAGCUGUUAUCAAUCCUACAAAAUCCAGAAGAACAAACUGAGUGGGCUGAGAUUUGCAGGAGACAGUUCUGCAAAAUCAUGAAAACUAGACCAGAUAUCAUCAGUGGAGCAAUUUUGGCAGAAUUAAUUGAAAAAUUCGUUUUACGUCUUUCUGAGAGUCGAUCGAAUUGUUAUUUCAGUAAGGGAAGAUAUGAAGCCACAGAUGCAGACAUGAAGAAAGAAAGCCUUUCAUCAGUGCAGCAGCUUGGUAUUGAAAUGACAGUCAGAUACGGAAAAUAUCUGAACUUGCUAAAGGAACAUGCUGAAAAUGAGCUGUGUUUUGUGCUACUGAAUUGUGAGCAGUUUCUGAAACAACAGCAAAGAACUGUGGUAUCCUCGCUUCGCUGUUUGCAGGGUCGCUAUGCUGGCUAUGACUGGUUUGCAUCUUCUGUGUUCCUCAUAAUGUCAGGGGAUGGAGAGAAAACUCUAACUUUUCUUCAGCAAUUUUCUCAUCUUCUUGUUUCAGCAUUUCUCUGGAUACCAAGACUGCACAUGUCUAUGCACCUGCCUAUUACCACAGUGGAAUCUGGUAUCCAUCCAGUCUACUUCUGCAGUGCUCACUACAUUGAGAUGUUGCUGAAAGCUGAGUUGCCGCUUGUCUUUGCUGCCUUCCAUAUGUCUGCCUUCACUCCAUCCCAGAUUUGUCUACAAUGGAUAACUCAGUGUUUCUGGAAUUACAUGGAUUGGAGUGAGAUCUGCCAUUACAUCGCUACAUGUAUUUUCCUUGGUCCUGACUAUCAGGUUUAUAUGUGUAUUUCUGUGUUCAGACACCUACAGCAAGACAUCCUGAAGCACACCGAAGCCCAAGAUCUCCAGGUUUUUCUUAAAGAAGAAGCACUCCAUGGAUUUAGAGUGAGUGAUUAUCUAGAAUACAUGGAAAGCUUGGAGCUGAUCUACAGACCAGCGCUAAUGAAAGACAUGAGGAACAUUAAAGUGCAGAACACGUAGAGCGAGCAUGACAGAUUUUCAAGCUUUGGUUACAUUCUGUAAAGGAAUGUUGAUUAUUUCAUAUAAAAAUAUGCACUGAAGUCAGACUGUGUAUAUGUACAUAGUGUGAAAUAAAUAAGGAGGGUUUUCAGAAUAUAGUCUUCACUGAAAUUAAAUGACCUAAAAAUACAGUAUUUUCCCAGACUGAUUGCAUGCAUAGCCUCAUUUCUGUUUGGCAUAAAGCAGAUUCAGAACCCACCUGUAGAUCAUUGACUUUUCUUCUUUAAAAUGCCUAGAACGUGUUUGCAAAUCAUUUCAUUGCUGUCAUAUUCACGAGAGUGAUUCGUAUGCAUGAGAAGUGAAGAAAUGAAAAAUAAAUCUCUGUCCACAGCUUUUUGUCUUUGUGAAUCUGGUUGAGAAAGUGGAGUGAUCAAAUGCAUGGAAGGAAAGAAGGCCGAUAAUCCUGCCUUACACUUUUUACCGGUGUAGGUAAAAUUUCAACGCUGUUGAAGCUGACUGAAUUUUAGAGCAAACAUGGUUUUCUUGAAGAACACUGUAUCCCAUUUGCUCUAGGAAAGACAGCUAAGUAAACAAUCUAACAGCUUCCUUUCCUGUAUUACAUUACGUCACUGCUAAGUAUUAUUUAAGAAAUCAAGAAAAUUAAGAACUGUAAGUAAAGUAUUUGUGCACCAAUUAGUAAUUGUUUUCUGAAUCCAUAUCUUAAAGCACCCAACUUGACAUUCAGUCAAUAAAUAACAGUAAAUUAGAUAGCAAUAUGGGUAUAAAAUUAAUAAAUAUCAUUGUUUUUGAUUGAAAUUAUGUCCUAUAAGUGAUAAUGUAUGUUUUUGGCAAGGAGGAGAAAUUCCUUGAGCAUUUGCAAGUAGGUAGGCUAUAGAUGGAAGACAAGCAGUUUUCAUACUGUCCUGUAACUGUUUUCCAUACGGUCAUCAGUUCAUCAUUUCAAUAAAUGAAUGUAUCAUGUAGAAAUGUUACCUUUACAAGGCAAUGCCUACAUGAGGUGAGAUGAAAAGUAGACUUUUAGGAUAGAUAAUGUUUUACCAACUACGGAACUUCACAGUCACAUGCAAAUAAAACCUAAUAUUCAAAUAGAAUAAAAAAUCAGGUACAACUUUUGGUAACCAACAUAAUGAGAUGGAUGGGGAGGAAAACUGGUCUGUUCAGUAUGUAGCAGAUAACAGAGUUCUCCCAGUGAAGAAAAAAAUUAUGAAACAGUUUUCAUUGUAUACCCUUCAGACUCACCUUAGCGGUCUCUGUCGACUUUGUUUCAUUUCCCCUUUCUCUUUUUACUACCCCCACCACAGCAAAUGUAUGUAAAGCACAUCCUAGCAGUCACCAGCUAUGAAGAAGCUUCCUCUCCUGUCUCAAUCUACACCCUCUCCAGUAUCUGCAGAUUACUUACUCUUUCUGCUUUGCAAGAGUUUUACUUGCUCACUUCUUGUGUGCUCUUCUGUUCAGGCCUUUUCAUCUAUGCUUUUAAGAAUUCUCUCAGUAGACACAUAAAUUCCCAUUGCUCACAGUCUCUCUCUCUAUUUUUUUUCUUCCUUCUCUACUACAAGUAGCAUUGUGGUGGUGAGGACUUUCAUCUCUUUCUUACAUACUACCUCAUAAAUAUAAUUUUCCACUAUGCUGACUUCAGUAGAUUCAAUACCCUUUUGUGCAGGUGUAAGGCACCCAUCUUUUCUGAAAGUAGCCAAGAAAACAAUGAGAUGACAUUUUCUAGAUUGUCUAUUAAUGAUUUUAUACCAGGUGAUAGAACAGUGCAUUAAAAGGCCCAAAGUCAGUCUGGAUAGGUACCAUAACUGGUCCAUAAUUGCUCUUUGUAACUGAAUAAAUUCACCAAGGAAGCUUGUCCUGUGUUGUGAGUUUGCUCCCAAGCUGUUGUUUAGGCAGUUCCUGUCAUUUUAUCUUCCUGUUUUAGAAGUGGGAAGCAGUCUGCUUAGCAGUCUGAGAUAAUGGAAGAAAGAAGUAGUGGCUUUAUUAAGGAUUUUGUAUGGAGGGCUUCCUCUAUAUAUGCCCUCUACACUAAUAUUGAAUGUAUCUUCUUAUUAGGACUGCUUCCUUUCUUUGAAUACCAGUUUAGGUUCAGCAAAAGUGUUGCAGUGCUUCAGUUUUAUAAUGAAAUGCCCUGCUCCUGUAGUUAUCGUUAAAGAAAUUUUUGGUUAUGGUAUUUACUUCAUCUAGCAAGUCAGUAAAUUGCUCUGUAUCUUAUAUUUGGUAUCUUGAUAUUUCCAACAAAGUUUCUUCAUUUAAAACGAAACAAGAUGCAUCAUCUUUAGCAAAAAGUUACUUAUGAGCUGUAUUCUUACCAGAAUAAGUCUUUUUUGGAGGGUGAAGACUGUCUAGCUGCCAUAAUUGGUCAGCUGUCUUCUGCAGGAAGUUUAAGCAGUAUAAAUUCCCCAAGUGUGUGCUAGUUCUGUAGGCACCAUUACAAGGUGAUGUUCCAUAAUGAAAGUUAAGCAUGAGGCAUUCCUUUGUUUGGUUAAAGAACAAAGGAAAUAACUACAGUGUCUUAACACCUUCAGUAACAUUCUCUUUACAGAAUGUUCAGACUUUCAGAAAUACUUUGAAUAAAAUGGGGAAUAUGAUAAAUCACAAGACAAAAGAAACAAGAAAUGUAGAUUUGAGACUUAUCCAAUAUCAUCGCUGAGUUACACUAAGCAGUACUGUGAAGUUCUUGAAGAACAACUUCACUAGAUAAGUGAAUAUAAGAACACAUGAUAUUCAGAUUAUGAAAUACAUUACAGUCUGUGGUGAUUUUAUAUAAUUACGUGUAAUUAUACCAGAAAUAUAUAAUACAUAAUAUACCACUUAUAAAACCAGAGAGCUACCAGUGCGGACGAAGCUUUCACCACUAGUUUCUAUUUUCCUGUCUAUGCAUUUCAUAAGCACAUGGGGUUUAACUUUUCCUCUCUUCAAAAAAGCAUUUUGCACAUUUUCGUCCUUCUGUGAACGGUGCUGCUUUACUUACAUUGAUAAAAGAGUCUGGAAAGUAUGAGGAAAGAAUUGUUAAAACAGCUGAUGGAACCCAGUAUUUGACACUAUGGUUAAAGUAUGUCAAGAAUUGCAUAAAUCUGUUCUUUUAACCUUUAUAAAAGUCUCUUUUUAAGAAAUAACCAUGACUCAUAUUUGGCAUAUUUUCUAAAAUAACCAAAUUACAAAAAUACAGAUUGUGGAUAAGCACUGAAUAAAUAAAAUAUGUGUUUUUAUGA